UUGCUAGUGUUUGUUUCCGAUAUUUAGAGAGACCAGAAGGUCAUUGUGUUAAACUACACACUAAUAAAACGCCAACAGGCUGUAAUAAAGUAAAAUAAUAAACCAAAAUGGUUUUCUUAACACUUAGAUGUUUGAUGCGUAAAAAAAAAAUGGUGCCUUAUCCUGAAAGAGAAUGGAAACGGAAUAUGUAUAGAAGGCUUGCUUGGUUUGCUCGCUCUAGGGUUAGAAACUGCAAUAAAUUAACAAGGAGAUUUGUGAAAAGACAUUUGAUGCUUACAACAACUGGCAAUAAUGGAAGGCGUGCUCAAAUAAAUUACCUGUUUUCACAUAGAAUAGCUGCAGGAUGUGCCCAACACGGAGUUCAGUAUUCAUCUUUCAUGAAGUCUAUGUAUGAGUCAAAUAUUGCACUGAAUAGAAAAAUGUUGGCCCAGUUGUCUGUGUAUGAACCAAGAACUUUCCAAAGCCUGUGUGAGUAUGUGAAAGUGAAACACACUGAACAAGUCCAGCAGGGCCUGGCCGCCAGCCUCACCCCUACACCUAGUGGAGUCAUCACAAGAGAUAUGAUUGGAAAAGUUUAUAAAUAGUGUCUGACAUCAUUUUGUUUUCCACAUUAAAUAGUUUUUCUUACAGCA